UUUUUAUUUGCAAAGUUUUUCUCGCCUAGUGAUAGUUUUACCAAGAGUAAUUACACGCGCGAGUGCAACAAAGUGAUCGGCAGAUUACAGCAUCACGGUAGCAGCAUAUUUGCAGCUGAUAGGCGGUACGAGACAGCGCAGCCGAUAUAACAGUUCCGGAGGCAGUUGAUACAUUUUAUUGGCAUCAACAAUUACGGCUGAUCACCGUAAUUGCACCGCAGGACGGUCGCCAAGAACCUGCAGCCCGAGCAGCGGUUUACGACAGCAAUCCUGAUGAAAGCAUUUCCAAAAAUGAAGUACAUAAUCGAUCUAACCAAUACCACGCGAUAUUACGACCAAACGGACUUCACCAAUGCAGGCAUCAAGUACCAGAAAGUUAUGAUUCCGGGAAUGCAAGUGCCGCCGCUGGAGUGCGUAAAAAGAUUUUUCAAAGCCAUGGAAAUGUUCACAGCGGAGUGUGGUGAAGAUGAAAUAAUAGGUGUUCACUGUACUCACGGUGUUAAUCGAUCUGGUUACCUGAUAUGCCGGUUCCUAACGCAACAACUGGGUUGGUCACAUUCAAAUGCUUUGAAACAUUUUGCCGAAGCUCGUGGUUACCCAAUAGAGCGGGCUACAUACAUUGCCGACUUGAAGCGACAACCAGUUGGCACGAAGAUCGACUUGAGCAAAGUCCAACUGAAUGCGCCAAUCAAAUUACCCAAACAGAGACCAAACAUGAAACAUCUUGGUCCACGUCCACCGUUCCCACCGAUGACUCCACCAGGGCCACCAAUGCCACCACGUCGUUUCAUGAAUGGCGCACCAUUCCCACCUGGAGCACCACCCGGCAAAUAUGGCCCACCGAGAACACCUGUAUUUGGACCUCCACGACCUCCACCACCAAUGGCUGGUCCUCCACCAAUUCCACGUGGUCCACCUAUGUUUGGACCUCCAAGACCGCCACGGGGUCCGUUCGGACCCAUGCCGCCACCACCACCUGGACCUAUGCGACAUCAUGGGCCUAUGCCACCCCCACCACCAGUACCACCAGGUAUGCGUAUGCCUGGACCUCCUAGGCCGCCUCCAAUGGGCCCUCCAGGCCCACCACCACGACCACAUCCUGGUAUGACGUCCAGAAUAGGCCCACCUGGCCCUCCUAGACCUCCACCACCACCACCUAUGAGAAUGAUGCCACCAGGCAAAAUGGCGCCACCAGCGCCAAGGCCCAAUACUCGGGCUGCCAAACAAAUCAGGGACCAAGAUUUCACGGCUGAUGUUUUCGAAGAGAAUUUGGCGGCCAAACCCACGAGGGCCACUCGUAAGAGGCCUUAUCCAAGAAACUGACGAUAGCUUGAUAGCGACUAUUAUACCUACGGUACAACUCGUCGUGUAUAUGUGGAGACGCGUCUGAGGAAGAGAGUUUUAUCAUGAAAGAGAGUGAGCAAGGCAACAGCACUAUGAAUUUCUUUUCUUUUCUUUUAAUAGAUUAUUAUCGAGACUAAUCGGCCUGGGCGUGUCACUCAAUGUUUUUUCCUUCCUACAUCCCGACUUUUCCUUUUCUUUCUUUCUUCUUUUGUUUUAAGUAGCACGACUGUAAAAAUUUAUUUGAUGCAUGUUUGUUUUUAGCUUUACCUCAGUAUUCACGCGAAUUACCGCUUAUGUAGGUUUAUAUACAUAAAUACAUUUAGACGAAACGGUAAAUUUCUGUUGCUCAAUUUUUUUUUAUAGUCAGUUUCCCUACAUCCGUCUCGCAACAAGUCAGUUUAUAACAUUAUAGUAAGAUGUAUGUUUUUUUCCUUCCUUAGUUUCUACGAAUACUUAUGUACAAUGACCAAUACCAUGUUAAAUAUAUAAUAUUAUUGUAAUAAUAAUUAAUGACGAUACCUCAGGUAUCAACGAUUUUCCACCUAUUAUAAUUUAAUGAAUUAAUUAUACAUAUAUAAAUAAAACCUGUGUCCUUAUACCAAUAUUUUUGUGUAUUUUUAAAUACAUUGUAUUGUGAGAAAUAAGGCUACUUUCAUUAUCAUGCCGACAGUUACGCGCGUCGGGAUGAUUACAUAGUGGCUGUAUAAUUUUGG